UGCCUCUAUAUCAUCCAGAACAAAAAUCGGUAUAUCAAAUAUUGCUUGAAUCAGCAUUAUAUGCAGUAAUACGCAAUGAUAAGGACCAACAAAGAUGAUUAUCACACGUUGGAAACUCCGUUACACGUUGUGUAACUAUAAGACGAAAGCGACGUGGACACCAUCUUCUAGAAUAUAUGCGGUCAUCCUAUACCAUCCUUGACAUACCAUAACUAACUAGCUUAGCGUAGGAUUAGGAAGAGCAGCUCGUCGGGAUAGUCUAUGCAGCUCGGUGAAACAUUCUUCACCGCGGUGUAGUUAGUCGCGUAUACUAUUAACUCCGGCGAGGUCAUAAAACCGCCUUGCAUCUCUAUAGAGACAAUUAGCCUAACUAGGCAGCAUCUAGCUAGAUACGUCUUGAUCAUUCUUCUCGUCCUGAUAGCGUACCUAAAAAUAUGGCGGUCGAACUCGAAACUUCGUUGACAAUGUCACAACCUGAUAUCGACCUAAGGCGCCUCGUAGGCGGCCUUAUGACCUUGUCAAUCCUUUACUGGUCCUGUGUUGUUUUCUAUCGCCUCUUUCUGUCCAAUCUCGCUAAAUUUCCGGGGCCCAAACUUGCAGCGGCUACCGGAUGGUAUGAGGCGUUCAUCGACCUCUAUAGUUCUAAUUUUCCUGAUGUCUUAGAAGGGUUACAUGAGAAAUACGGUCCUAUUGUCCGCAUUAACCCUUGGGAACUUUCGUAUGUAACGCCAAUUCCCUUCCCAAACAUCGCAAGCUGUGACCCAAUGAAUGCCCGGGAGGUUAACAUACCCAAUGUUAGGAUUCGAGAUGCCGACUUCUACAACGAGUUAUAUGUUUCUGGUGGAAAAAGAAGGACGAACUUGAUAUACAAGAGCCGUGCAGGGCUUGGGAUGUCUGAUGCCAUCUCGACGACACACAGCCAUGAACUUCACCAGCUCAGAAGAAAAGCGGUAGAAAGCUUCUUCUCGAGACAGAGCGUUAGUCGCAUGGAGUCUAGAAUCCUUGAUGAAGCAACAAAAUUAGAUGACAAAUUGCGGCUUCUCGCGGGAACGAAUACGAUUGUGCAACUCGACCACGCUUAUGCGUGUGUAACUGGGGAUCUUGCAGCACUGUUUGCUUGUGGUGAGAAUCCAAGGCUUAUUGAAUCACCAGAUUUCAACCCAGGGUGCAUUCUAGAAGUGGUCCCGGUGUCUCUGCUGCAGAAACUUAGCCCGAACGUCGCUGGGUUCAGGAUGUUUCACCAGCUGAGUCAGCGGCGGGUAGAGGCAGUAAAGUCUCAUAUCGCUAGUAAACCCGAGCUUGAAGAGUCCGAUAAAACCUCAAUUUUUCAUUAUAUCCUCCAAAGUGAUCUGCCGGGUCCCGAGAAAGAAUCUGGUCGGCUGCAAAGAGAAGCGUUUGCUCUUCUGGCUGCUGGGACGAUUACGACAGCGAGCACUCUCUGUACCAUAACAUACUACGUUCUUGCUGAUCCGGCAAUUGAAAAACGGCUCCGGGAUGAAUUGAAGGGUGUUAUGAGCGACUUCCCGAAACAGAUGCCCCGAUGGGCAGACCUUGAGAAGGUUCCGUACCUAAUGGGCUGCAUUAAGGAGGGACUACGAAUUGCCCGUUUCUUCAGGCGUAGCCCACGCAUUUCGCCAGAUUAUGACCUGCAGUAUAAGCAGUGGACCAUUCCAAAAAAUACACCUGUUGGAAUGUCCGUCUGUCAUAUGCAUAUGGAUCCGGAGGUAUACCCCGAGCCUUAUAAAUUCAUACCGGAACGGUGGAUCGGGGAUGUCGACCCUCGAGUGAAUCGGAACUUCGUGCCAUUCGUUAAAGGAUCGCGAAAUUGUUUGGGAAUGAAUUUGGCGUGGGCUGAGAUGUUUAUCGUACUGGGUAUCCUCUUCCGGCCCGGUGGCCACCGAAUGAGUCUCAACAGUGAUGAGUGUGAUGAGUCAGAUAUAGCUCUUAUCCACGACAGUGACGUCGGAAUUCCAAAAUCGGAUAGCAGAGGGCUUAGAGUUCGGUUCCAGUAA